GUUUCAACGCUUCGCAGUGAACAUCCAAAAUGGCGCAGAAGCUAGUAAACCUUGGACAGAGAAUUGCGACUGCAACUCCUCGUUUGGUCACUAAAGUAUCAUUUCUAGCUCUUGAUGUUGCUAAGAAAGCACAGCCCCCUGUUGUGACUUUCCUCAAAAAUGCCAAAGUGGAGAUGCUUCCUCCAAAGCCAUCAGACUGGCGGGCUAUACAGAAAAGCUUUCUUGGUCUGAAAGAUUCUGCCAUGAAGGGCAAGUUCCUUGAUCUUACUGUUAAGGAGGCUGCUGCAAAUACCUUGGUUGCUGUGGAGAUUGCCUUCUGGUUUUAUGUUGGUGAAGUCAUAGGAAGAAAAAGUUUGAUUGGUUACAAUGUUUGAGGGACUGUCAAGAUCUUCUACUUUUUUCUUUAUUUCUGACCUAAGUGUGUUGAAGAGCUAUUUUUUGUUCUUUGUGUAAAAACAGUAAUUAUUGGCCUGGGUUUUUACAGUAAUUAAUAAAGGAAUAAUUUCCAACUGGU